AUGGCGAUUGUGGGCAAACUACUGAUUGGGCUAGGUGCGCUUCUGCUCGUGCAUGCUGGCUACUACUCGGUGCAAUACGAGAACUAUGCGAAGCUGACCGAGACUUUGGACGCCCGAUUGCCGCCUGUGGAGGUCCUGAUCGAACUUGCUGUGGGCUUCGGCACUUCGUUGGUGGGCGUCCUGCUCACGUCAGGAGAGAUGGUACCGAUACGGUCCAAUGACGCUCUGCACUACAGAUCGCUGGCCACCGUCGUCUCGUGUCCGGACUUUCACGUGUUUAAUCACCGCGGAAGAUCGCUACAGCAGCGCUUCAGUUCGUAG